UUUAAACACAGUUAUAUAAAGGCUUACUAUGUCUUCCAAAGGCAAACAUCCAUUAAUUCUCUACACAAAGCAUCAACCAGGAGAUAGUUUGAGAUAAUUAAGUACAGUACUUUCAAUGGGGGAAACAAAGCCAGAAAAUGAUGGUUCAAGCAAGGUGGAAAAGAAAGAAAAGCAUGAGGAUGAAAAGAAGAAGAACAAGGAGGAGUUGGGUGAAGAGAAAACCAAAGACAAAGACAAGAAGAAGAAGAAGGACAAGGAUGGUAAGGAUCAGGAGGACAAAGAAAGUAGUGGUACAGGCAAGGACAAGGAGAAGAAGAAGAAGAACCCUGAAGAUAAGAAAGAUCCAACAAAGCUAAAGCAAAAACUGGAAAAGAUAGAAAUCAAGAUCCAAGAUUUGGUUGCUAAGAAAGAAGAGAUCUUGACAUUGAUUAAAGAAGCUGAACAAAAUGCUGGGAACUCAACUGCUGCUGCUCCUGCACCCGCCUCUUGACCUCUUCUUAAGAAAGCAGGUUGAUCAUGAUUGGUGUAAUAUGUAAUUCUCCUUUAUCAUUUUUCUUUUGUUUAUUUGUUCAUUGUGGUUGUUCCCAUGGCAUAUCCAUAUGGGAAUCAUGAACAAUUUUGGUGUAUAAAUUUGAUUUUAGAUGUGACUGUCCGUCUGCCGGAUGUGGAGAUUUACAGGUACUUAGUUUUGGAUACCGUCUCCUUAAUGACUAGUUUUUAAAGAUGAAUUUUAUCUAAAUCCAAAUUCAUCCAAAAAAAAAAUAUUGUUUAAUUUAUGAUUUCAAUACUAGUUAUAAUAUAUUAUAGCAUGUCAAAUUAAUAGAGAUUUCUUGUACAUGUCCAUCAGAUUCACAUGCAAAAGCAACAAUAAAUGAGUAACUAAGGAUUGAUUAUGGUCUAUAA